AUGGCCAUGUGCCGGUUAAUAGGCUUUUUUAUGCCUAUGUCUUAUAUGUACCGGACUGAUGGGAAUCCGCAGAUGCAAGACGAGCUCGAGCUAUUUAGCGGAAGUGAACUGGAGGGGGAAGGGAUAUGCCCUCGUCAAAUGUGGAUGUAUGUUCCUCAAACGGGAAUCAUCAGUCGUGUAGGGAAAUAUGAGACUAGGAAUGAAGUCGCAUGA